AUGGUGCAAAACCAUAUAAAAUCCAAAUUCUUGACAUCGAAAUUUCCUCCCCCUUACGGGGACCCCCAGUACUCUGUCCAACAGAAUAACUCGACCCCACACUCGCUGUGCAGAAUAGGUGUGAAACUUUCGACGUAUUUUGCUGCACUCGGUUGGCAAAGGAAUCGCAAGAAAACUGAGAGCAAGACUACCCGGAGAUUGCCGAUUACCACAGUUCUUCCAGCGAGUCCGACAACGCUGAAUAUUCUGACUCUUCCAGUGAGGAAGAAGCAAUGGCGGGAGAGGGAGAAUGUACGUUAA